UCCCGUUGGAACGCCUUUGUUGCGUUCCCACCCCUACUCGUCGCGCCAUUUCCCUUCCAUCGGUCGAGCAAGCAGCGCGGCUCGAUCGAUCGGCGCCAAUUCGAGAAAAGUGAGAGGAGAACGGUGGUGCCAAUGCCGCUUCGGCGGCGGUGGACAGCGCUUUGCUUGGUCGUCGUCGUCGUCGUUCUUGCCGUUGUCGCCGGGGUGGUGCGUGCGCAGGACUACAGCAAUGGCGGCGGCGGCGAGGAGGAGGACGAGGAGGACAAGCCGCAGUUCAAGGCGCAGGAGGCGUGCAACGGCGCGUUCCUGACGUACACGUUCACGGAGCGCGCCAAGGAGUACCCGCGGACGAAGAACGCGACGGCGCAGGCGUACGCGUUCAAGGCGGAGGCGACGGUGCUCAACACCAUGGCCGAGGACCUCAAGGCGUGGCAGAUGUUCGUCGGGUUCCAGCACAAGGAAAUCCUCGUGACCGUCGGCGGCGCCGUGCUCCUCGACGGCAGCGACCUCCCCGCGAACGUCUCCGGCGGCGCCACCUUCGCCGGGUACCCCAUGGCCGACCUCCUCAACUCCAUCGAGACCGCCGGCGACAUGACGCAGAUCCAGGCCAAGAUCGACAUCACCGGCACCCAGUUCGGCGUCAAGUCCCCCGCCGCGCCCAUGCCCAAGACCAUCAAGCUCGCCAACCCGGCCGGCUUCCGCUGCCCGGCGCCCACCCGCAAGGGCAGCGUCAUGUACGUGUGCUGCGUCAAGGACCCAAAGUUCAAGGCCAAGAAGACGAACACCACCCGGUUCCAGGCGCGGCAGAAGGCCGACCUGACCAUCGCCUACGACGUGCUCCAAGCCUUCGGCAACAACUACAUGGCGCAGGUGACCAUCGACAACUGGAGCCCCAUCAGCCGCCUCGACAACUGGAACCUCACCUGGGAGUGGAAGCGCGGCGAGUUCAUCUUCAACAUGCGCGGCGCCUACACGCUCACCAAGGAGGGACCCGCCUGCGUGUACAGCCCCGCCGCCGGCUACUACAAGGACUUCGACUUCACGCCGGUGUACAGCUGCGAGAAGAAGCCCAUCGUCGUCGACCUCCCGCCGGAGAGGGAGAAGGACGCGGCCGUCGGGAACGUCCCCUUCUGCUGCAAGAACGGGACGCUGCUGCCGCCCACCAUGGACGAGUCCAAGUCGCGGGCCGUGUUCCAGAUGCAGGUGUACAAGGUGCCGCCGGACCUCAACCGGACGGCGCUGUACCCGCCGCAGAACUGGCGGAUCACCGGCAAGCUCAACCCGCAGUACGUGUGCCGGCAGCCGGUCCGGGUGAGCCCCAUGGUGUUCCCCGACGAGACGGGGCUCAUGUCGUCGACGCCCGCGGUGGCGUCGUGGCAGGUGGCGUGCAACAUCACCCGCCCCAAGAAGCGCGCCGCCAAGUGCUGCGUCUCCUUCUCCGCCUUCUACAACGACUCCGUCGUGCCGUGCAACACCUGCGCCUGCGGCUGCGGCAACGACACGGCGACGUGCGACCCGGACGCCCACCCGGUGCUGCUGCCGCCGGAGGCGCUGCUCGUCCCGUUCGACAACCGCACGGCCAAGGCCCGCGCCUGGGCGAAGAUCAAGCACCGGCGGGUCGCCAACCCGAUGCCGUGCGCCGACAACUGCGGCCUCAGCAUCAACUGGCACGUCGUCAACAACUACAAGUCCGGCUGGGCGGCGCGCAUCACCAUCUUCAACUGGCAGGACUACACCUUCAAGGACUGGUUCGCCGCCGUCACCAUGGGCGACCACUACAGCGGCUACGAGAACGUCUACUCCUUCAACGGCACGAGGAUGGGGGCGCCGUUCAACAACACCAUCUUCAUGCAGGGGUUGCCGGGGCUCGCCUACCUGGAGCCGAUCACCGACGGGAGGACGCCGGACGACCCGAGGGUGCCCGGGAAGCAGCAGUCCGUCAUCUCGUUCAAGAGGAAGGACGCGCCGAACAUCAACAUUGCCAAAGGGGAGGGCUUCCCCAAGAGGCUCUACUUCGAUGGCGAGGAGUGCGCGCUCCCGGAGACGAUACCGAAGGCGUCGGGCGCGCACCGGCGAGCGGUGGCGGCGAGCCUUGGGCAGAUUGUCAUGGCAGCAGUGCUUGUGAUGGUUGUGGCGGCUGUGGACUCUUUGUGCUUAUGAUGACUGAAAAUUUCAGGGGAUUAUAUAUAGCCAUUGUUUU